GUAGUGCCAUUCAAAAAUGGCUCUACAGGCGAGGUUAUGAAUGAUCUAGUUCUGGUAAAAUUGACGAGGAUGGUUUUAAUGAUAUGGCUGGGGGCAAUUGAUGAAGCAUGGGAGCCAGAUUGUCCGGGUCCUCGGUACGGAUGACGACAUUCGAAGCAAUGUUCGGAAGGGACUGGAUAUCAUGAAGGCGGAAAACUACCGGCCGGGACAUUUGAUGAUAUCCCCAAGCACAAGUACAGCUGGUGCACGGAAAGGUAGCAGCAGCAGUACCGCUGGCUUGAAGCGGUCAUCGAGUCAGACUAGCACACCUUUGCCGCCUAGAAAGUAAUCCUAUUUAAAAUCUCCAAUAAAGGCCGGCAGCAAUGCUCUACCAAAUCAAGUGCAUUGGUAUAUUAUCCUUUGUAAUUAUGGGAAGCCCAUUUAUAAGACUGGCUCUCGAGUAGCUCUACUUGCCAUACUAGAGGGCUAUAUUAAAGGACAUAAGUCCUUAUAUAAGGCCGGCUUUCUUUAUAAAGAUAUCUUAAAUAAUAAUCUUAUAAUAAAUAAAAAUAAAGAAAACCCUUUCUGGCCUUUAUUCUUAAUUAAUCUUGACCUUAAGAUUAAAAAA